CGGCCUCGAAUAAACGCCGCAUCGAAAACGUUGAAAAUUUAAUAAACGCCGCGGCGUUUAAUGGAAUAAAUACGGUAUCGGCAGUAAAACUUUCCAGCAAAGGUGCAUAAUUAUUAUUUUACAAUAUUAAACUUGCAACAAACUGUAGGAGUUGCCUGUUUUAUUUUGGCGGUGACAUGUGACAUGGUUACACCAUAAAGAUUUUGUUCACAGUCUGAAACGAAUGAUGAAUGUUGGAGACUUUAUUUGAAUGGUUACAUGUACGUCGUGUGAUUUUAUCAGUUCAUAUCCACUGAUGGACCCAAUAUUUUAUAACUAUUCUAUGCAAUAAAAUAUUACCUAUUUAAUGUACUGUUGAAACCUGUGAACUCGAAACUCUAAACGAAAAAAAAGAUUUUCGAGUUAGGGGGUGUUUAAGUACUAUCAAGGUUAACUGAGUAUUUAAUUUUCCAUGUUAAUAAUUGAUUGUUUGCCAGUUUUUCAGCACUUCUUAGUGCAGUGCAAAUUAAACUUAUCUCAUCAGAGACUGUAGCGUGAUUAAGAAUUCUUAUUCUGAUGGUCUGAUAUAUUCUUUGCACUAAUUAACAUGAAACUGCUGUAGUGUAAGCUUUAGUAUUUUUACCGAGUACACGACAAGAAUAGCGAAUUGGAUGGCAUCUGUGGUGUGUUGCAAGAGCCAGAAUUCAAGUCGUCAGGGUAAAUUUAAAUCAAUGUGUUGGAGAUUUAGUUCGACUUAGGAGCGAGUUGGAGUCAUCGGAGUACAAGUUAGCGGGUUUCUACUGUAGCAUUUGGUCAGUCCUCUGAUUUUUGACUCCAUGUUUUGAUUUUGGCAGGAAAUAGGAUGGACCGACAAGCAGUCAGCUCGAAGACUAGUUAUUGUUAUAACGGACGCUGGUUAUCAUGUUGCUGGUGACGGUUUGGUAUGUUAUUGUUAAAGUUUAAAGUUAUUGUUAUACAUUGUAGUUUGGCCGUUUGCAGGGUAGACUACGAGUAGUCCCCCAUUUGUCCUCAGGGAUAGCAGAGCGAGCGAAACGCCAGCGCGCGUGAAAAUCAUCCCACGCGAGUUCACGCGCGCUCGCGUUUCGCUCGCUCUACUAGUAAAAGACAAAGGGCAAAGACGGUACCUUUUUUAGAACCUAUUGGCCCGGUCCCGGGAAUCGAACCCACAACGUGCUGCCCUGCAGUCAAGCGCUCUACCGACUGAGCUAAUCCUGCUGUGAUUAUGAGAAAAAAACAUCUUCUUGGUUACGAUAAAGAAUUUUUAAUUCAGUAUCAAUAAUUAUUGAUUCAUUAUUUUUAAUUAAUAAUUGCUUUAUUUUUGUUGUUGUUUUUGUUGUGUGCAGCUCGGUGGAGUGGUAAAACCAAAUGAUGGACACUGUUACACAGCAAAUGGGCGAUAUACAGCAUCAACAAUUAUGGUAAGGCAGUCAAACUCUCCGCUUGCGCUCAGUUCUUUUUGGUACGUCGACGUCAGAAUCCUCACUUUGAACUUAAUAAUGGACAAACAAUCAAGAAACAGAUUAUUUUCUAGUAUUUUGGAGUAACUGUCGUACAGGGCGUCAUUUAAACAGGGGUGUUUACUAAAGAAGAGCGUCUAAUACAACCUUAAAAGCAUAGGGGAGCGUGUAUUGGACAAGACGAGUGUAUUCGAGAGAGGGCGUCUGUUAAAUCACUAAACAGUAAUGUGACUGUUGCUAGUGGAUUUACUAAAGUCAUCAUAUAAUUUGUUUGCUAAACAGGACUAUCCAUCUCCUGGAUUUCUCAAGAAAAUUCUGAUAGAUGAACAAGUGUCGCCAAUCUUUGCUAUAAACCAAAACAAGUCAGAAGUCUUCAAGCAAUUUGAGGUGAAUUUCGUUACUGUCUCCGCGCCUUGUUCCUCGGCAGUUUCAGGAUAUGAAGGGAUUUUUCAUAUAACAGUUGUCAUCUUGCCAUGUUACCGUGGCAGGAUACAUAAGACAGCUUUAGGUUCGAGGACGAUGACGACUACGAGUAGUCGAGUACGAGAUUUUCUAAAUGCUAACUAGGGGACGCGUGUCAACCAACGUCAUUUUCGCGGGAAAACGUGUUUGGUGUCGUCAUUCCACAACGGAUUUUAGCGAGAAUGUCGUAGUGGCGGGAACAAGUUAUCAAAUGUAAAACGUUUUAUCAUUUUGCCAUCGGAAGAGGGCUGAACCUUCUUCAGUAUAAAUAACCGUACUAACUUUUCUUUUUUUUUUUAAGAACACGUGCAAAAACUUUAACUUAAAUCUCGAAACUCCUAGUACUCGUUGGCGUCCUCAAAUCUAAAGUGCUCUAGUAACUCAGUCGGUAGAGCGCCUGACUGCAGAGCGGGAGGUCUCGGGUUCGAUUUCUGCGGCCGGGCCAAUACUCAGGCCCGCAAGCUCCCCUUCCUUUUUGUCGCCCUGCCGCCAGAGCGCCCCGGAAAGCUUGCUCGCAGGUUACUCAGUUUUUGAGACAAUAGUUCAGUCAUUUCGUCUUCGCAUAACCUUGGAAAGUCCUCUUCCGUUUCCCCAGCUCUACACUUCCACUGUCCUCGGGGAACUACUCUACAAAGUUUUAUACGGAGAGACUCCGGUCCAAGGUCCAACUUCUUACCCAUUUGCCUCCCACACAAUUCAAAAAUGGUGCCCUUUUGAGAUACCUACCAACUGUAAGUCCUUUUGUCAAUUUAAGUAGCGUUUAAUUAAACUGAUACAGCCAUAAGGUUUGUCGGUUUGAGUUUUUAGUUAAAUACCCUUUUAAACAGCAAAAUGGCAAAUUUCCCUAUCCUUUGGUAUACUAUCUCGCGGAAUCCCUACCCUUUUAUACACAGGUAGCCUGAAAAAAAGCACCCCCUUUGGGGUGGAACCUCACAUGGAGUUUCCGCUCGGGGAUGGGGAGAGGGGGGGGCACCGCACGGUAAUCCCUUUUUUCUGUCGAUAUCAAUACGAUUUCCAAAAUUGCACGCCAUCUGGUUAUGAAGAAUAAGAACGGGAAUUUACUCCAAUUAGAAAUGGGGAAAUAUUUUCAAAGAAUAAUAACAAUAUUUAUCAGUCCGGAAUAUCCCUAAAUUUAAGGACAGGGCCAGCUGGUCACGCGACACUUUUCAACCAAUGAGAAGGCGCUCUUGUGUGUAUCAACAAACAUUCAAAACAUCGCCCCAGUGCUCAAAAAUUUUCAAAACAACGGACGGAGUCGACGAACAGAAUUAAAGAUGAGCUUACAGUACUCGUCUAGGUUUGACAUUUAAUAUUUCAAAGAAAACAUUUCAUGUAAGAGAAUAAGAGCAUUAUUCAUUGCAAGGAAUCAUUAGAGUGUUCGAGCUGAUUCCGGACUGAGCGUAGAGGUCGUGGCUUCACUGGCAUGGCUUGCAAGAUUUUUGAUAGAAGCAAACUGGUCCCGUGUAAAAAUAGCCUUAGAGAGAGCGUGAAAAUUUGUUGAGAUCAUACAAAACAGGAUUGGUACCACCUAUUAGCUUCUACAGGACAAGAAUCAAAGAACUAGUGAUCAGAACAAGAAUAAAAAGUAGUUCAAAUUUAUUAAUUUUUCUUGUUUGUUUUUUGGUGUUGUUUCAUGUUGACUUCACGCAUCUGGUGCUUUCCUUGCUUGCUGUAGUACCUGCAAUGUUUUAAUUUUAUCCCAGAUUUAGUGCAUGUUCAAUGAGAAGCGAAGUACAUCAUUUACGCUUGAAAUUUGCCUUCUUUCUUGAUUGUUUUUUAACGGUGGAUGAACAUUUGGAGAAUCCAGCGACAUUAAAUAUUUCCAGAUUUGGUGAAUUUCAGAAACAAAGCGGUUAGUAUCUACCUUGCGCUUAUGAUCUUCAAUUUCAUCCCCACAAAUUCGGCAAAGUGAGGCGAGAUGUUGAACGUGAAUAUCCAUAAGACUAAUAAAGUUGUUUUGGCCUUGAAAAGAAAAUAGGCAAAGGCUCCUACUAAAGCGAAAAAAAGUAAUAACAUGGCUCUGUCAGAAAUCCGGGAAUGGAAAACGUACGCGUUUUAAACCUCGGAAUUCAAAAAUUGUCUACCAAAAUUCUAGGUUGUCUACCAUCCCCACAUUCAACAUGAUAAAAGUUAAUCGAUAUGACAAUCGAGGAAAAAUAUCUAGAACUUCGAAAAAAAAUCUGUGAAUCGAAAAAAUAAUAGAUACUUGUUCACCUACCUUGAUAACCGACCAAAAUCUCGCCCAUACAUUGCGUUGUUUAAAAGAAGAAAUACGCCACAAAAUGUGCUGAAUAUUUCCCGAGACACUUCCAAUAUGGCUUCCGAUACGCUGUCCACUUAAAAAAAUUGUGUAUGCCUCAUGAAAAGUCUUAAAAAUAUGCCUGAGAGCCUCGAAACGAUGACUGAUUCUGUCCUACUCCGUCCGCUGUUUUGAAAAUAUUUGAUCACUGCGGCGAUGUUUGAUUUGUUUGUUGAUAAAAACAAGCGCGCCUUCUCAUUGGUUGAAAAGUGUCGCGUGACCAGUUGGCCCUGUCCUUAAAUUUAGGGAUAUUCCGGACUGUUUAUAUAUAACUGUGAAAGGUUUGAACCAAGGAGUCACUUCAUUAUUACGUUCACCCGGACGAUCAUACUCAGCCUACUUAGGAAUAUUUACGUAUUAAUUGUUUAUUUAGGAAUUAGUUCAUUUUUUUGGCGAUGAGUCUGGAGCCGUGGCAGCCUUGUUAAAGGAAGAUUCUUCUAACAUUGUUCAGCUCAUAAGGCAAGCUUAUGAGGUGAGUUUGUGUUAAUCUGCUUUGUUUUCGUGAUUCUUUUUUGAAGUCAGCGAAAUUUAAGCCCUUCAUUCUCAGUGGUCCUUGAGCCUGAGUUAGUAAUCGCCGAUAAAAAGUUUCAUAUUUUUAUUUGCGCAUUGAAGUAAUAUAAGAGCAUAAAAAUUCAGAACCCAUUUAUAGGUAGUGUUACCGGUAAUAAAGGUCUAUAGUUGUUUCCUAUAGUUGUAUUUCGGUAAGCUGCAGGUGCUUUAUGAGCCAAGCAAGGUGAACGUGACAUUUUGCGCGAAGCGCGAGACUAGCGCGAAUCCUCCCCUCCUCUCGUGCUUCACGCAAAAUGCAGCAUUCGCCUCGCUUGGCUCGUAAAGCGCUUGCUAUGCUGGCUCUAUUUCGGAGAAUAAUCAAUCUGGAACCCUCCCUCCAAUCCUGCACACUCCAACCCCCCACCUCCCUCACGAUAGUUGUCCCCCUCCUCCCUUACGAUAGUUGGCGUAUUUGUUGCCUUCUACAGGUAGCUUGAGCAUUAGCACUGCAUCACGAAGGGGGAAUAGGGGAAAAUAAAGUCUGCAAUACUUUCUUUUUGAAGUAGAUGGUGUUGGAAAAGUUUGGAAAGCGGUGAGGACAAAGUGUCCAGACGGGUUUUACGCCGACUGUAACCAGGGCUCAAUAUUUUGAUCGUGUAACUAAUUUCUUUUAAAGGCCUUCCGCUGCUAUGAAGUAAAUAAGAAUGUUUUAAAAUUUCCUUUCAGAAAAUUGCGCAAACACAAACAAUCCGUGACACAGCACCCGAAGGAGUCAAAGUUAACUACACGGCAUAUUGUCCGUAAGUGUGCUGUCCUUAAAGCUUUAUUUCUCGUUAUCGCUAUAAAGCGUUGGUUUUCGUAAUGAACCUUACUUCUACCCGUGUUAAUGGCCAAGUCGGAAAUCUAAAAAAAUAGUAAUACAAAUAUCUUCUUUUGACUCUUUCAAUCCCAGAAGUUACCAAAGUCAAAAUUCAACAAAAUUUGUUAAUUUUAUUUUGUAAAAUGCCGAAAAACAAAAGUACUGCCAAAAAGGAUUUAUUGGAAUGGUCACACCAAACGUUUUGGUCAGCAAACUCAAAAGUUAGAACCAGCGUUGUUAGGGUGAUUUAGCAGGGAGCUUAAGCAGCAACGUUUUCGAGCGACGCACGUCAACCGGAAGUGGCCUUUUUUCAUUUUUUGACGGUGGUUUCGCGCAAAUUUUCAGUCAAAUCGCCUCUAUAACAGUAAAGAAGCUAAGGAAUACAAAUUUUAUAUCAUCAAGGCAUGUUAAGAGGGAAAAUACCUCACUUCCGGUUGACGUGCGUCGCUCAAAAAUGUCGCUGCUUAAGCUCCUUAGCAACAGAACGGGAACGUCAGUUGACGACAGCACGCGCAAAUCAAAUAACUGGCUUGACCAAUGGCAGAGCGGCAAAUUGAGCACCGGAAGUCGUGUUUAGUCCUUUCCGCGCGCUUUCCCGUCUCUAAGAGUGCCGGACAGUGUUAAAAAACUGAAAACAAUUUUUCUGCAGUAUAUUUACCUCGAGCAGUUUCAUUCUGUAGCUGUUAUUUCCUGGGGCCUCCCUAAUCACUUUUCGGGCCAAAAGGUAUUUAAAUAGGCCAUUUCCCGAGUACGAAAAACGCUUUCUUUCAAAACGAGGCUAAGUGCAAAACCUUGUGAAAAUGAUUUUUGCAACGAUUUUUGUAUGACCUUGAAAAAUGGUUUCGGUAAGUGUUCGUUAUUUGUAUUAUCAGCCAAUGGAUGAAAAGAUCAAAACAGGGACUCUUCGCUUUCCCGCCAAAGAAAACCCUAAUAUGGAGAGGGCAUUGUUCGAUUGGCCAAUGGUGUUGCAGUAUGACGUCAAAGUGAAGUAUCGAUUGAUUUCUAGAAAGUUCUUCGGGCGUGAAGUUUUUUCAACCGAGCGUUCGCGUAACCAACCAAAAGCCACGCGCGUUCGUUUCCGUUCGACAAACCAAUCAAAUCGCUCUAUUUCCGUUCGACAAACCAAUCAAAUCGCUCUAUUUCCGUUCGUUUGUUCUUUCUGUUUUGUUCGCGCUUGUUCAUUUCAAGGUCACACGAAAAUCGCCCUAUUUGCAUAAGAAUAAACAACCAUUUUCAUCUCCAGGGCUCGAAAACAUCUUGAAUUCUGUCUUGUGCUUUGGACAAGCAACUCUCAUAUUUUACUUUUCCGGGCCACUUCUUACUCGUCUUAGUUACGUAUACUGCUUUUGUUAGAGGAUGACUUGCCUGGAACCUUGCCCAAUGGGCAAGUAAGCGGUAACCUGCGAGCAAGCUCUCCAUUUGGAGGAGAGGCGAGAGCUCGCUCGCGCGUUCUCGCGCGGCUCGCGAAGGAGAUCGGGCUUGCACACAGAGUAACUUGUCCCGGACUACCAGACGGGACUUAAGCCUCGGACUUAGCCUCGCUUUGAAACAGAGGCUUGGGGUAACUCGGAAUAGCCUAUUGGGCAAUGUCCUUGUUCUUUAAUUGUGCAAUUUUUUUUUUUCAUCAUUAGUAUGUUUGAUUUAGUUCCUAAUUGAUGUCUUUUGUUCUAAGAAAUGAAAAACUAGUAGGAUCAAGGACUUGUACAGGUGUUCAAAUCGGACAAGAAGUGAGUUUUUAAAUAUAUUUUUAGCUUUCUUAAUCACCUUUGGCGUUAACUCAAGGGCUUGGGGAGAAUGGGCAUAAGUUACAAUUGUUAUUUUUGGACGAAAUCUAAAUCACUUUAUUGGUCUACUUCACACAUAGUUUGGUUGUAACAUAAAACACUCAGUUCAAUAAUAGUUUUUGAAACGAAAGCUACAAUCUUCAAGAAGUAUUUUUGUAACAAGUGAACUAACACAAGCAAAGCAUAAGGUAUUUCUUGAAUUGGAGCGUUGACAGAAUAAAAAAACCAAGGGUACAUUCCCUCUUCUAUUUGCUGGCAUUUGAUGGGUUUAAGAACAGAAGAAUUUAAGCAGUCAUUUAAUUGCAGGUGUCAUUUGAGGUUUCGGUGACUGUGGAAGACUGUAACCUCAAAGAGAAAAGGUAUGCAUUGUCUUAAAACAUUCAGCAAACCUAAUUUGAUUUAUUAUUGAUGGAGAUGAUAAGGGAAGCCGACUAAGAUAUGAAAGGGACAGUAGGAUGGUCUUAUAUGUUACCCUAAGUUAAAAGAUAAGACAGAUAAUUAUGAGCUAACUAAAGUAUAUAAAACUAGGAUAAGAACAUUUCAAAAAGUGUGUACAAUUAAUAAAUAAAGAAUCGCGAAAAAUGCAAGUGAGUAAUACAGAUACGGUAUUUCCUCGAAUAAUAGCCGGGGGCGAUCAUUCGAGGGAGGCGUCUCUCGAAAGUCCCGGUAACUGUUCAGGCCCAAAAUGCGGGUCCUGCAAAGCAAACCAGUCCAUUUUGUUUUGAUAACUGAUAGUUAUAUCAUGUUGUCUGCAAAACUGUUGAAACCCCUCUCUUGAAUGUAAAAUAGCUUUUUAGGCCUGUUAAUUUUCGGGACUUUCGAGCAAGGGGCCCCUGGUCGGUAUAAUCUGCAAAGGUGUUAGUUGGUGUGUAACUUCUGAUUGAAAUGCUCUCUUUCUUAAACAGCUUUUCUUUGGUGACGCCGUUUGGCAAUGUGGAUAUAAACCUGGAUUUUGUCUGCAGCUGCCAGUGCGAAAAAGAGGAGGAAAAAGUAUAUACACAUUACAAGUUAAGUAUGUUGAGUAUGGUCGUCCGGGUUAAGGUAGGCCGUAGUCCUGAAUAGGAUUGUCGUUGUUGACAGUGACUGCCGUUUGGACAACGUGUGCGGUAGUCAUCUUCAGAGACGAAGUGAAUUGUAUUACGUCGGUUGAUGGUAUUAAACUCUGGUUAUUGACCUGAUUGGUCAAUUAAGUUGCGACGUUAUUGGUCCUCUGUCAGUUAACAGUACGAGUCUUCACAGCCGAUAACAUCACGACUUAAUUGACCAGUAAGGUUAGUAACCUACCAUCUACUCACGUGAUACAACUCACUUUGACUCUAACGAUGACUACCGCACAGGUUGUUGAAACGUCAGUCACUGUCAACAACAACAGUCCUAUUCAGGACUACGUUCACCCGGACGAUCAUACUCAACCUACUUUUGAAAUGACUGCUGAGUUCAAACCUUUCACACACAUUUAAAAUAAUUGAAUUUUUGUGAGGUUGCCACGCUCAAGGCCUGGAAAGGUCAAGGAAUUCACUUUCAAACCGUCAAAGAAUAACCAGGGACUUGUGUUAUAUUCUCAGGUUGCUAAUGACCAGGGGUACAUCUGUACUUACCAUUUAAAUGGAAAAACCGGAAAUUCCGGUUAGAAAGUCAAAUGGUUUGCGGCAUUCCAUCUGGGAAGCUUCAGAAAGUAUGGGCUGUGAUUUGAGACGAUGCAAUUUUUCUGCUAUUUACAGUCUGCUCAGCUGAUUUCGAUAUAGCCUGAAUUUCAUCCGAUUACUUCGAGUCGUUAUUACUCACUCAGUAACGUCUGAAUCUGCCGGCCGCUAAUGCCGUCCAGUGACAUCACUACUCCUUUGCGUUAAUUCUUGCAAAACGUUAAACACGAUUUUCAAGUGGCAAACCAAGAAAUAUUGUUUGGAAAUGUCUGCAUGAUACAGAAUGGCUUUACUUUUUUUGAUCUUAAUUGAGGUUUAACGUUCAAACUAUCAACUGCAUGCCGGCAGUAUUCUGAACGGGUUGUAAUUCCAUAAUCAAACUCGGUGGCCAUCACGCAAUGAAAUAGAUACACACACGGAACACUUAGUUAACACUUAGGCUAAUUUAGAUAUACUUUGUAGCGGGUCUUUCUCUCACCACGCCAAAUUCUAUAGUUUUAUGUUUAUGCACAAGAUUUCCACCCGAAUGGUGUGUGUAAAUUGUAGGCAUCCCUCAGGUUUCCUGAAGAAAAAUAUUAGAAGAUGUAUUUGUUAAGAAAAUUAUUCUGUACUGGAAUUAUUUUGGCACUACUCCUGAAAACGUGAUUAGAUAAAAAUGUAAGGAGGUAAAUCAAUGGCAUUCAAAGGAAGCUGUAAAUAACCAAGCUUAAAAUUCACCAACUCUCAUUCUUUCAUCAUGCAGCACGAUCUCGACAUUGCUGAUCCUAGCAGUAUGCAGCACGCGUGUCAGAUAUGAACCUAGUAUAUCGCCUCGCUCUCCAUGAGUUCGCCUUAACUCAGGGAACAGAGUGCCCGCCCGGUGUUUGGGAGGUCAUAGGUUCAAAUCCUGUCGGGACUCAGAUUUUUCUUUCUCCCACGCUCGUGACAUGCUGAUUAUUUCAUUUUCACAAGCUGAAAAUAAUAGAAAUUUGGUUCGUCGGGGGACAAAAGUCGUUGUUUAGAGGCCAGAAAAUAGCUGGCGAAAAUCAGACUAAUUUCUCCCUGUUUUGUUUAUCUCUCAAGACGUUUGUGUUUUAUUUUUUUUAGGAGAAGUCCAGUCCACAUUGUAGUGGAAAUGGAACAUUAACCUGUGGACAGUGUAUUUGUAACAAAGGAUGGUAAGUCUGUCAGUUACAGCUGAUGAGUUAAUUUUUGUGGCUCGUGGUUUCGUGCAAGACCACACGUUAGUGCCUAGGUCCACAAUCAGUGCGCAAUGUAAAAAACAACAGUUUACUGUGAACGAGGCCUCUUUGUUAUAUAAGGUCAAAUAAAAUCCGACCGAUGCCAUAUUUCCAAAGAGAAAUAUGGAGAGAAGAAAAAGCUCUCCUCCCUCCCUCCGUUCUUUUUUCCCCUCCCUCACCCUCUCCUUGCAUUUUCUUUCCAUUUGCUUCAACCCACCCCUUACCAGAGAGUCUGUUGAAUUCAGAGUCUUUCAAAUUAGCUAUAAAGAAGAUACUUUGGAACUAAAUCCUUUCGAAGCGCUUUUGUGUGAGUCGUAGAUCCCAGUAGCGAAGAUCUUUGGUUCAAGCUUUGUUUAAGACUGCUAUUUUUCCAAACGUAAUUCGUGGUAAAGUGGUUCGUUGCCAAGUUUAAUGUUGCUCUUUUCUCUUUUGUUUUGAGCGUUUUUUCACUUUCGAAGACAAGUGAAUUAUAGACGUAGAUUCCUGACUUGCUAUAGUUUUUUCGUCUGUAUAUCCAGCCGAUUUUUUGACCUAGCGAAAUGUUUUGUCAUUUAAGUGGAAAAGGGUCACAAGACAGGUUUUUGCGCCUAAGAAGCUCGAAAAUCACACUAACGAAGGCCGGAAAAGAAAGAGCGACGGAGAAGAAAGGAGAAGAAGAGAAAAAAGAUAGUUUUGGUAGAUUUGUCUUUUUCUUUCGCCGAGAUAGUUUUUGGCCGAAAAAAAAGAGACCGUUUGAAGGAGGAGAUCUAUCCAUUCGGCUAGAUAUGAAAUUUUCUGGUGUGACCAUUCAAGUAAAGCGUUUGUUGCCAUAGAACCCUUUCGCACAAAGUAGUUAUUUACAAUAAUUUAUGUGUUAUUUUAUUUUAUAGGGAUGGUAGAAAAUGCCAGUGCACGGAGGAGUCAAAACUGUUGCCAAACCAGUGUAUAAAGUAUGGUUUGAUCACGCCUCAGUCAUUUAGUUUGAGUACAGAAUCUUCACGGGUCGCGUCAUUUGUCCGUGAUCCGCGACCCGCGAAGAUACUGAGUUACUACUAUUAGAGAGGCCCUUUUUUCAACUAAUAAAUUUUACAAGGGGUUUUAUUGAGCACCAAAGUAGAUUUAAAAGGAAGAUCUGAUAAUUUGGCAAGUCAUAUUAAGUUGGGCUGUUCAGGUUUUUUGUUAUCUGAUACAGUUGAAUCACCCACGCUCAAUUAAGAUAACCAAGAAACAUUACAAAUGUAAUCUCAUUUUUGGGAAUGAAUGUUUUACUAGAAUCAUUAAUUUAACGAGUGAUAAAAUUAUGAAAAACUGACGGCGUUUCGCCCUCGGCCUAACGACAUAAUCAAGUCAAUACUUAUGAGAUUCAGCUAAAAGUCUAUGUAUAAAUGCGUAAAACAAACAAGAGAUGAGAAAACCUAAACGAUACAAAUUAAUUUUCCGUUUAGUAAAGACUUUUAUUUAAAUAUAGUAAUCAUUCAGUCAGUAAAUGAAUAAAAAGCACAGACGCCGUGCUCCCAAAGUAACAAUUAGGAUUUGUCUUUGCCUUAAGAGUUGAACUACUUUUAGACUGUUCCAGUCCUCUUAGCCUGCGAACACAGACUUAUUUCCGGUCGUCGCUUCUUUCUCCGGGUGGAGAGAAGCGACCACCGGAAAUGCGUCUGUGUUCGCAGGCUACAGUCCCUUUUUUUUCCGGACGAUCGUCGAGAUCGAGCGCUUUGCGUUACAUGACCACAUGUAGCAGACUACGUUACAUGCGGCUAUGUUUGUAUCAAAUGUUCCGAGGCAAGCCUGGAGAUGAGUCUCAAAUCUACCUAGGGUGCAGAGGACGGUUUGGGAGGAGUUUCUCGCCGAUCUCCCCUACUCCCCCCAAAGAUGGCCGUCCGUAGCACAAAGGCGAAAGCACUUGCCCGAUCGCGACGGUCUUACGGAAAACUAGGACACACGGAACAGUCUACGCUACUUUUAUAACCAUGUAACUUAAUUGUUGCUUACCUUGAAGAUGAGAACAUGUCACUGUAAACUUUGAUUCUAAUUUCCAUAGCCGUCUUAAAUCUAUUUAAAUCUUGCAACCGGAUUGACUAAUAUUUUAUUACGUAGUUUAUUAAAUAUAAUGUAAGUAUAAUAUCGCCUUGAUUGUUCUAACCGACAUCGUUAAAGUUAAUGAUGAUUCAAGAUUGUAUUGCAUGUAUGUGUGUGUGAUGUGUCUUCAGAUUGAAUCAAACUACUUUGUUUACGGCUGAAGGAAAGUUUCUCAAUAUAAACUCGACAGCAAAGUGAGUAUAAACUACAAGGAAAGGGAAUGUCUGGUUCAAUCACCUAAAAUUGUUUGGAAGUUAUAAAUAUUUUCUUAUAAUGAACCGAAUGUAGCUUACUUCACCAUAAACGUACCGUAACUGUUAUAGAUAACUAAAGCUUGACAGGGUAUAACUUUAAUAUUGUACAAGGUUUUUUCUAUGACGUUUUGUCUUUUGUUUUAAAUUUUAUUUAAUUAAACACUUGUUUAAUUCCCCAGAUUUUAAAAAGAGAGAAAUAUAUAAUAUUAAACUCGAGAAAAUGAACUGACGACGAAAAUUAAUCAAGUUCCUCCCAGCUCAGGAAGAAAACUUACGAUAAAUUCCUUAAAUAAAUCCAGUGGUGUGUUCUACAAAGUUGUUAUACGAGUUUGUCUCAGGGACCUAGAUGUAUUAAAAAUAGACAUUGAUUUCGGAUAAGUCGUUUCAAUCUCUUAACGGCCUAGGCCAAACCUCGAAAUUUUCAUGACACGAACCAAACUCUAAAUUAAGUCAACCUAAAUUAAAGUUAAAAUCGUGUGUUAAGUCAAACGUCGAAGUUAGGACGCGUCCAACCGAUCAACUGAAUCAGACCAGUAAUAAGUGUUCUCCCGAACGAUGCUAAAUAUUCAUCAUCGUACAAAUCUUUAUUUAUUAGUUUAGUUCGUCGUAUAUGAAGAUCGCCGUUUGUCCCGGAGACGAUCUUCAGGCGAAGCUUCUAGAUCUGAAGCAGACGGAUAGAACAUGUUGUAAGAUCCAAACUCUUUCAGACGAACUUAACUGAACCAGGCGUCGAACGUUUCAUGAACUUAAGUCACUAAGUUUAGUUCGUCUCAUUAAAAGUUCGAUGUUUGGUUCAGGCCUAACAUUUCUGGGAACGAUCGAGCCAAUAGAUGGAAACCAGCCUGUAUACAGUGUCUUCGUCAGGAGCUAUAAACGGAGUAGUCUCCUACCCUGAUUAUGGUUCUUGUAUACACUUAGUUCUAUGCUGGCGAUUGCCUUGGUGACAAUCAUCUGUAUUGUCUCGCAUCAGAGCAGACACAUUUCCAUAUGAUCGUCUUGAUCGUAUGAACACACUUUGAAGCAACUCGCGCAAUCGAGACGAACCCAAUGAUUAAUGUAACGACCAGGCUUUAAUUUUACUCCUCAAGGAUAACACGUACGAGACACUUGGGAAUAGUCUGCUCUAAAAUGGACACCUCUCUACGACGAAGACUUCCUAGUGUAUAAGGUGGAGGUCUGUGAAAUACGGACACAUGUGUAAGAUCACGCCCUUUCUAAAGGGCACCUCUCUCUGAUGGACGGCUUUCUAAGCUACGUGAUCAGCUCUUACAGGCACCAGGACGUUACUGCGAAAGCCUGCGUUUGACCAUAUCUCGUGUCCAGGCUAUUCUGCGCCUUUUCCUGUCCUCUUGUCACAUAUUAUUAGGAAGCUUUUAAAGUAACCACGAAGUGAACGUCAGUGAAAACGCCUAGAAAAAUGAAUUGAAGCUUUAUCACGUUUAUUCAGACCUGAUCAAUCUCUCAAAUCUUGGCUUUUUUUUUUCCUGGAGUUAAAUUGUUGAGGACUGUAUCUAGAUUCAACAAGAGAUGGAAAAAUUGAUCUUCUUGCGCUAACGUCUCUAUUAUAAAACUGCACAUUUAAUAGGAAGUUUCACGUCCUUAGUCAUGCGAUGGACGUCUAAGAAAUUUACAAGAGAUAGUGUGAUGCACGUGUAGGGCUAUUGUUCGGCGCCUUUUUUCACGUUUUCGUUGUUGGCGUCGUUUGGGUUGCUUAAGCUUCCUAUUGCCUCUGUUAAAUCUGUCCAUCCGGGGAAAAAGGAUGCGUCAUACUGACAGUGCUUUAUGUUGUCCACAGGGACAAUACAACUGAUGAUCAGGAGUGUAGUGGGUUAGGUACCUGCCUCUGUGGGGACUGUGUUUGCACCAAAGAAGGGGUAAGUGGGCUCUGUUUGCUAUGGCACGCUAAACUGGAUCCCAGUAUCUCUCUCGUUUGGUCCAAGAGACAUACUGGGACAGUUAUGUUGUUAAAUCUCUCCUCUCCAGAAAGGCCUCUCUUUUUAAAGGAGGAAAAUCAUUUAGCGACGUCAGCGUUCUCCAAGUCCCCUGGGAGACUUCAUAGAGGAUACACUGCCGUCAAAAAUUCCUUUCUAACAAGUGCUGUAUUUGCGUUUUUAGCUUCGCCCUGGAGAGAUAGUGAACGGAAAAUACUGUGAAUGCAGCAACAUGGAUUGUCCCAAAGACCCUGAUUCUGGUCUAUUAUGCGGCGGUAAGGCGAACUUAUUGCAUUAACACUUUAAACCGAUAUAGACCGAUUUAAUUUUCCAUGGUGAAUCGUUACGGUGACCGGGGAUAAAACAGGACGUGCGCACCAACUGACAUUCACCCAUUACAAUACAUACUGUGACAAUAGACGGAUCGAAACGCACCAAUGACAUUACGAGUCUUCAUAGCCGAUAACAUCACGUCUUAACUGACAGACGACCAAUAACUUCAGUCAGGUCAAUAACCAGACUUUAAAACCAUUAACUGACGUGA